AUGGCCGACAUGUCGUCGUCAGCAACCAUGAAUCGUUUUCAAGAGGUAUGCCACGCCCUCUUGCGGAUGGUUGAAGAACGGUCGCCUGGCCUUUCCCAAACGCUUCCGUCCUCUUUCCCUGGCGUAGACGAUACAUCCCGCAUGAGUCGUUCACAACUGGGGGUAUUGAUCAGUGAGCUACAAGCAGUCGGCUGGGGGGCGCUGAAGCGAAUGGAUCGGUUGUUGAAGACCGAUAAGCACUCGAAAUCAUUUGUAACCAACUCAACUGAGUUAUCGAUGGGAUUGUUUAAGGAGAGGUGCUAUGAGGUCGUGGGGAUACUUGAGGAGGGUGCAAUUUUGGCGGUGAGGGUGCAACUUCAAUAG